AUGACAGCCAAGAUAACAGGAUUUCGCCCACUAGAGACUCCGGCAGCAGUGCUAUUACACAUAACUCCAAUACCACUCAUGCUCUACAAGAACUCCUUAUUCCACCACCUACUGAAUAAAGCUAAAGCUCUCACCCCAGCUUACUGGAAUCAAGUGAACAACCCCACAAUCAAGGAAUGUGAACAAGACCUGCUCACUGAUGAAUUUAAAGACACAUGGACACCAUGGAUAGACUUCCUAGAAUCCACCUCUUUCACAUCCCUUGACAUACAAGAUUUAAAAUCUCCCAGAUGUUCCACCCUCUAG